GAAGCGAAUUGCAAAAACAAGCUAAGGUCACCGCCAAGACGUGUUGGAAUGCCGUUUGAGCUCAGAUUGUUCUGUCUGCCGACGCUAUACGACUUUAUUAAAAUAGGCUUCCAGGGCAGAGAUAUAUUAUAUAAAACAUGGACAUAGUUCACAGAGUGACAGACCAUGAUCCAUAACAGGGAAAUAAGCGAAGCUUUACCUCGUGUGUAGGGUAGUAAAUGUAUGACCGAGUGCCGUAAAUAAAGGAGACAGGAUUGGCGGUCACGGAUCUAGAGCUGCCGUAUUUACAACUUUCUUUACAUGUUAUUUCAAGGCGCACCUUGACACGGAAAAAUACAUAUAUAUAGUUCCAAUACAGUAGACUGUUGGUAGUCGUACCGGACACUAGUUCCUGGUCACUUCUGAAGAUGUUUCUGCUAGGAGUUUAUGUGGUUUGCUUGGCGUCACAAGUAACAGCAGAAAGUCCCAGGGAGCGGCUGAAAUCUCUGAGUAAUGAUUACUGGACCUUUCGAAUGAAGAUAGAGCCAUCUGUCGCCACUUUUCUUGGGGACUACAGCUUCAACGGUGAUUUACGUAACUACACGCAUGCGCAGUUUGAUGCAGAUAAGGCUCAAACAGAAGACUUCCAGCGGAGGUUGAGAGCUAUCACCCGCAGAGAUUUGUCCCGUUCUGACAGAGUAACUUAUGACUUGCUGCAGAACAUCUUUAAAACAUUCAUAGACGGAUAUGAAUGGCGCAGGUAUGGGUCCCUAACCCCUGUCAACUUCCUCGAGGGCCCUCACAAGCACUGGGGUGUUCUAAUAGACAGCACACCUUUCAACACGGAAACCGACUUCCAAGAUUUUCUAAACAGAUUGAAAGCGCUCGUCAGACAGAUUGGUGAAACGAUAACACUCAUGAAGGAGGCCAUUCGUUUGGGCAGAACUAAUCACCGUGCGUCUAUGAAUCGCGUGCCCGACGAAAUCACCAGUCAAAUAAUAGAUGUUCCGACCCAAAACUCAACAUUCUUCAAACCUUUCCAAGGCAGAUUAAACGACGCACAUAAUAUUUCAGACGCCACAAAGUUACGCCUGCGCAGAGAUGCUGAGGACAUCAUUGGGACAAUGGUGGUCCCUGCUUUUCGAAACCUGUCCGACUUUAUCUCCCAGGAAUAUCUGCCCAAUACGAGGCAGGGCUAUGGAGUAGGUUCACUCGAUAAUGGCACAGCUUAUUAUGAGGCCGCUUUGAAGUUUUACAUAUCGACUAAUCAGACCCCGCAGGAAAUUCACAAGCAAGGACUUGAGGAGGUGGAGCGGAUUUCUGCACUCAUGAUGGAGAUAAUCAAAGAAAAUGGUUUUAAUGGCACUAUCCGAGAAUAUAUUUUAAGCCUAGGGCAGAAUCCAGACUUUUACUUCAACACUUCAGAGGAAUUGUUAGCUUUUGUGGAAGACAUAGUGGAAAACAGAAUUCAGCCAAAACUAAAAGACCUCUUCAAGAUAGACCCUGGAAUCAAACUCGAAAUACGCCCCAUGCCGUCCAACGGGCCAGCUGCGUAUUAUUUCAACGGAAACGAGGCUGGCAAGCCCGGUAUUUACAUGGUGAACUUGUUCAACCCCAAAACAAAGCUGAAGCUGGGGUUCAUGGCGCUUUCAUUGCACGAGGGGAACCCGGGACACCAUAUGCAGAUGAGUUACGCAUUAGUUGCUAACAAGGAUUUGCCCAAGUUCCGCCGAAACCCAUUAAUUGACGUGUACAGCCGAGCUCCCUUUAACUUUCCCUUCUACACAGCAUAUAGCGAGGGCUGGGGUCUCUAUGCAGAGUACCUGGGAGAGGAGAUGGGCGCAUAUAAGGAUAACAACGAAAUGAUUGGUCGCUACUCCUAUGAAAUCUUCAGAGCGGUGCGUCUUGUGGUGGAUACUGGUCUCCAUGUCAUGGGUUGGAGUCGCGACCGGGCCAUCCAGUAUUUGGCCAACUACACCGAGAUGUCCUUAGAAGCGGCCGCCAUAGAGAUCGAUCGCUACAUCACGUGGCCCGGCCAGGCAUGCGCGUACAAGAUCGGCGAAAUGAAACUGAAAGAGCUGCGGCGCCGUGCUGAAAAAGCACUAGGGUCUAAAUUUGACAUCAAAGAGUACCACCACCAGGUCCUCUCAAUCGGAGCGGUGCCACUUCAUUUGCUAGAACAGCAAAUUGAUGACUGGAUAUCUGCUACGGUCAGCAGCGCGGCCAAGACAAGCCCUGGUGUGGGUGGCGGCAUAUUACUCACUUUUGCUGUCCUUGGUGUGUUUCUACUUAAACAAGAUAAUCUCAUUUAGAAAUAAACACUGGGCAGCCAUCAGACUGUUUUUUCAGUCAGUGCGUGGCAAGUGUAACCUCUUUCAACAUCGUAUAUACAUGUAUGGUGUAUCUACGGUACACGUGCUUAGAGAGAGGCACUCAACCUUGGGCAAACCCUUCAAUAGCAUUCUUAUCAAAGUGCAUUAGACUGUAUUUUCCCGUGUCCCAGAACACAAACACAUACACAACUUAGCAAGUUUUCACGCCUUGUUCUACAAAUUUAUUAAAAAAUAUAGUCUAAUAUUAUUUCAUAAUAGUUGAACAGUAUUAUAAUAUCAGCGAAUUUUUACAAAUUACUAAAACCGCUAAUAAACGCUUCCUUGAGGAAGUUUAUGUAAUUUAUGUACUAUUUAUUU